CUAGGCAACAAGGCACCAGCGAGAUGUUCAGGCUGCCUGCUGAGAAUCUCGGACGCCUCAUGCUUUACUUGAUGCAACUCGGACCAGCGUACGCGCCGAUGACUCACGUUGGGAUAUCAAGCUUCGAUCGAUUUUGUUGAAAUAGAGCAUGAUGCCGUCUUUUGCUUCAAAGUCUUAGAUAUCUUAGUUCGGUCAUCUUUCAACUCUUCAGUGUAUUCGCAAAUCCUUCCACCGUGUCGCAUAGUCAACUGUAAUUGAAGAUGGAAUUGAAGAAUGUCGCAAUUCUUGGACCUGGUGGAAAUGUUGGCGCCGCUAUCAUCACCGAACUCCUCAAGGAUGGAUCACGCUUCAACCUUGUGGGCAUAACACGUAAAACUUCAACAUACACACCACCGCCUAACACCAACAUCACUCAUAAAUCCGUCGACUACACUUCUUUUCAUUCCUUACUAGAAGCUUUCACGGGCCAGGACGCGGUUGUGAACUGCAUAACAGGAGGAGCUACCCAUUACGAACCCUCGAAGCUCAUUAUCGAUGCAGCAGUCGCCGCUGGCGUCAAGUUCUUCUUCGCGAAUGAUUACGUGGGCCACUUGACGAGGGAACAAUUUAAGAGGCUGCCAGAGAGUUUUGUAGGCGCGAAACCCAGGAUUCGGGAGUAUUUGGAAGAGCUUGGGACGCAGGGAAAGAUCGCUUGGACGGGUCUAACAGGAGGGCCCUUCUUUGAUAUGUGGCUCAUGAAAGGCCCAGCAGGCUUCGACAUCGCCAACCGCCACGCCCGCAUCUACGGCACUGGAAACAACCCUCUCUGCUGGACACCCCUCCCCACCAUUGCACUUGCAGUAGCAAAUAUUAUACGCAACCCAAAACCUGUCUGCAACCGCCCAAUCUACAUCUGCCCCUUCCCCAAAAACCAGCUUACACAAAACAUUCUCCUCAGCACACUCGAAUCCGUCCUCGACACCAAAUUCACCAUCGAAAACGUUGAUGUGAAGAAGAUUAACGAACAUGCAAAGAUUGCAUUAGAGCGGGGAGAGGCUGGAAAGGCCAUGAAAGGGCUGGCUGUUAGCAACCAGUUUUACGAGGCAGACAGUGGGAAUGAUUUUAGUCAUUUGGUUGAGAAUGAGGUCGUGGGCGUGAAUACGAUGAGUGUAGAAGACGCCGUGAGAGAAGCGAUUCAAAGAUAUGGUGAGGAUUUUAAGAUAGUGGAGGGGAUGUUUAGGGUAGAACCUUGCGAGAUUUGAUCGCUGUAAGCUUUGUAUCAGAUUUGAAAUAGCCCUUCAUAAAAUUACAGACGUAUGGGUUUCUCGUGUUAAGCUACAGGUGGUCGUUUAUUGUUCUUGAGCUUCAUUGGAUUCUUUUUGAGGUUAUUACAUCGAAAUAUGGCAAUGAAAUGCAGCGC